AUGAAUACCACCACAACCACCAACAAGAGAGAAGGCGACGAAAAGGACUUCGAGGAGGAGGAGGACAAAAAGCGCGCGAAAAAAGACGAGUUAGAAGAGGACGAGUUGGAGACGCAAGAAACACAUCCUUGGAGUGCCAACGAGGAAAUCUUGGAGGAAGAGGUGUACGUCCAAGAUUUAGGCAAAGUCUCCGACGACGUGAAAGUCGUCGAGGCGGAGAAGAAAAGUUGGAACAGGAAGCCUUUGGCGAGACCGAUCGAUGGUCAAACGGAUUCUAUACUUUUUCAACAGUUGGACAUCGAUUACAUCAUCGGCCAGCCGCACGAGAUGCUCGGCCAGGAGAGACGGUCGAAGGGCCAGGCGGCGAUUUUGCGAAUGUUUGGCGUGACCGAAGACGGCCACUCGGUGUGCGUGCAUGUGCACGGUUUCAACCCGUAUUUUUACUGCGCGGUGCCGGAAACUUUCACGGAGCAACACAUUCCGGCGUUUUUGAUGUCUUUGAAUUCGCAGAUGAUGGCGCACCAAAGGUCGUCGAAUUCGGCGAGGCAUUUCGCGCUGGACGCGCAUUUGAUUUUAGAUAAACAAUCGCUCAUGAAUUUCCAACCGAACGGGAAGAAAGGACGUUUUUUACGCAUCAUCAUGAUGUUGCCGACGCAAGUGGCGCAAGCGAGAGGGAUUUUAGAAAAUGGGAUACACGUGGACGAGUUGCACCAAAGCGCGUUAACGUUUCCAACGUUUGAGAGUAACAUUUUGUACACGUUAAGGUUUAUGGUAGACAGAGCAGUUGUCGGUGGGAACUGGUUGGAAUUACCGGCGAAAAAUUAUCGCGUGCGUCCGCAACAAAGGAAAGCGAGUUAUUGUCAAAUCGAGUGCGACGUUAUGUUCGAUCGAUUCAUCUCGCACGCCGCGGAAGGAAAAUAUUCAAAGUUGGCGCCGUUCAGAAUUUUGUCCGUCGAUAUCGAGUGCGCUGGGAGAAAAGGUUUCUUCCCGGACGCCGAACAGGAUCCGGUGAUUCAAAUCGCCACGCUCGUCACCGAACAAGGCUCGGAUUCGCCGAUUAUUAAAGCGAUUUGGACGCUAGACACGUGCGCGCCAAUCGUCGGCGCAGAGGUGAAAUCGUUUCGAGACGAGCGGGAGUUAUUGAGAGACUGGGGUAAGUUUAUGCGCGCCGUCGAUCCAGACAUGCUCAUUGGCUAUAACAUUGUCAAUUUCGAUUUCCCAUAUCUCAUCAAACGCGCGCAAACGCUAGGCGUGCAAGAUUUUCCGUAUUGGGGGAGAAUUAUCGGGAAACAACUGACGAUUAAAGACACGACGUUUAGUUCCAAAGCGUACGGGACGAGAGAGUCGAAAGAAAUUACCAUCGAAGGAAGAGUUCAAUUUGAUAUGCUCCAAGCGAUUCAAAGAGAUUAUAAACUUUCGAGUUACUCUUUGAACUCGGUGUCCGCGCACUUCUUAGGCGAGCAGAAAGAAGACGUGCAUCACUCGGCGAUUUCCGAGUUACAAGCCGGGACCGCGGAAACCAGAAGACGUUUGGCGGUGUACUGUUUGAAGGACGCGUAUUUGCCGCAACGUCUGUUGGAUAAACUCAUGUAUACGUACAACUACAUCGAAAUGUCCAGAGUUACCGGCGUCCCGUUGUCCUUCUUGUUGGCGAGAGGACAAUCGAUUAAAGUCAUGUCACAGCUGUUGCGAAAAGCCAGACAACGCGGAUUGAUCAUCCCAGCGAGAAGAGACCGCGGAAACGGUCCGAACGCGCAAUUAGAAGGUGAAGUCGCGUACGAAGGCGCGACUGUUUUGGACGCGAAAGCUGGGUAUUACGAGCUUCCAAUCGCGACGCUCGAUUUCGCCUCUUUGUACCCUUCCAUCAUGAUGGCGCACAAUUUGUGCUAUUGCACGUUGGUCAAGCAACACGACGUGGCGGAUUUACCGCCGGAAGCGUACACGAAAGCGCCAACCGGAGAUGUUUUUGUCAAAUCCACGCAGUUCAAAGGUAUCCUUCCGGAAAUUUUAGAGGAACUGUUAUCGGCGCGGAAACGAGCGAAACAGGAUUUAAAAAAAGCGACGGAUCCUUUAGAACGGGCGGUUUUAGACGGUCGUCAGUUGGCGUUGAAAAUAUCCGCCAACUCCGUGUAUGGCUUUACCGGCGCCACGGUCGGUCAGCUUCCGUGUUUGGAGAUUUCCGCCUCGACGACGGCGUACGGUCGUCAGAUGAUUGACCACACGAAGAAAUUGGUCGAGGAAAAAUACACCACCGCCAACGGGUACGAAGGCGACGCCGAAGUCAUAUACGGCGAUACCGAUUCCGUGAUGAUUAAAUUCAACUGUAAAGAAUUAAAAACGAGCAUGGAGUACGGUUUAGAAGCCGCCGAUUACGUCUCUGCGACGUUUACGAAACCCAUCAAGUUAGAAUUUGAAAAGUGUUACUGGCCGUAUUUGUUAAUCUCCAAGAAAAGAUACGCCGGUUUACUCUGGGAAAACAGCGAAAAGUGGACAAAAAUGGAUACCAAAGGCAUCGAAACUGUGCGUCGCGAUAACUGUCUGUUAGUGCGCCAGGUCGUCGAAACGUGCUUGACGAAAAUCCUCAUGGAUAGAGACAUCCCUGGCGCGGUCAAAUACGUCCAAAACACCAUCUCGGAUUUACUGAUGAAUAAGUUGGAUUUGUCGCUUUUGGUCAUCACCAAAGGUUUGACGAAAACCGCGGACGAAUACGCGGUCAAAGCGGCGCACGCGGAGUUGGCACAACGCAUGUUCCUUCGCGACCCAGCGACGGCUCCAGUUGUUGGCGACCGCGUCGCAUACGUCAUGAUUAAAGCCACGAAAAACGCCAAAGGGUACGAGAAAUCCGAGUGCCCGAUUUACGCCAUGGAUAACAACUUACCCAUCGAUCACAAGCACUACUUGGACAACUUCUUGACCAAACCUUUGUUGCGUUUGUUCGAACCGAUACUACAGAACGCCGCAUCUGUUCUCCUCUCUGGUGAACACACCAGGUCGAUCGCGUUACCUACCCCGUCUUCCACCUUGGCCGGCGGCAUCAUGCGCUUCGCGAAAGUCCGCCCGUCCUGCGUCGGUUGCCGCGCACCAAUCACGGACGAAAAGCUCUCCAAAUCUUUGUGUAAACACUGCGUGGAAGACGAAUCUAAACAUCUCCAAAAAGCGUUAGUCACGGUGAACGAACUCGAGAAAGACUUCAACCGUUUAUGGACGCAAUGUCAAAGAUGUCAAGGUUCGUUGCACCAAGACGUCUUGUGCACGUCGAGAGACUGUCCGAUUUUUUACCGAAGAAGGAAAACGCAGAAAGAUUUGAUCGAAGCCACGACCACGUUGAAACGGUUCGAUUGGUAG